AUGGCACCCGAGAACACCACGUCGGAGGCCACCUUCAAUGAGAUGACACCCAAUAACCCCAAACCCACCCAAUUCUUGUCCCGGUAGAGAGGUCCCCCAAAUCCCAGAGAAGGGGGAGAAAGGGUGAGGAGCUCCCAAAUCCCACCCCAGCCCCCUCCCAGCAACCCAUGGUGCUGCCGCCAUGAUGCCUCUUCCCUGAUUCCGACCCCUUCCCGGACACCCCGGCCCUUGCUCCCACUGCCAACGUGUCCCUUGGCCCCAUCAUUGAUCUGAUCCCAUCAAAAAUUAACCCCCGGCUUCCCCAGGCGGAGAAUGCGCUGACCCAAGCAGGGCCACCUCCGUCAGCAUCUUUCGGUCCCCUUUUGACCACAAAAAUCACUAAAAUUUAACCCAAAGGGGCUGGCGAAGGCCAUACAUUGGCCCAAGUCAGGAGACCCCCCCCCCCCACAUUCUCAGGAUACCCACCUGAGGGUACCCCCAGGAGCUGGGUGAAGGAGGUUGGCCCCAGAUGGCCCCUCUCCAAAAGCUGCCUUUUCCCCCCAAAAAAGAAAAGCAACGCUGGAAAAUAAUAAAAUAAACGAUAAUUCUUUAUUUUCUUCCUGCCCCAGAUUGCUCCAGUUUCGCCCCGUUUGGGGGCUUUUUUGCUGCAGCAGUGAGGGGAGGGAAGCGUUGCCCGUGGAUUUGGCUCUGGCCACCCUUUGCCGGUGCUCGGUGGCCCCCCCGGACACCUUUGCACUGCCCUUGCCUGCACUUUUGCCUUCUCCUGCUGGGAAAAAACCCACAAAAAACCCACCCCAGAUGUCAAACAUUAACCCAAACCACCCGUUGGCCGGGUUAUAUAGGAGAUCACCCCGAUGCUCGUGGCGUGAGGAUACCAUGGGAGCGAGAGAAGCAUUUUGGGGGUGAAAUCCCUCCCUUUUGGGGCUCUGCGAGUGCGGGGGCAGGCGUGCAUGGCUGUGGGGUGUUCCCGGGGUCUCACGGCGGCAGCAUGGCUUUCGCCAGCCUCCUGGAGCACGUGGGGGGCAUGGGACGUUUCCAGGUGGCCUCGGUGCUCCUCCUGGCCCUGCCCAUCCUCAUGAUGGCCAGUCACAACCUUCUGCAGAACUUCACGGCCGCCACCAGCGACCAUCGCUGCCGGCUUCGCUGGGAGGCCAACGCCACCAGCCUCGACCCCUGGGACCUGCUGAAGGUCUCGGUUCCCCAAGGUGAGCGGUGCCGGCGCUUCGUGACGCCACAGUGGUGGCUUUUGGAGGCCAACGGCUCGGCUGCCAACACCAGCUGGCUGGAGACAGAGCCCUGCCGCGAUGGUUGGACCUACGACCGCAGCGUCUUCACCAGCACCAUCAUCACUGAGUGGGACCUGGUGUGCAGCUCCCGGAGUCUGAAGCAGUUGGCCCAGUCGCUCUACAUGACCGGCAUCUUGGUGGGCGGCAUCAUCUUUGGGGGUCUCUCGGACAGGUUCGGCCGCCGGUCACUGCUCACCUGGUGCUACCUUCAGAUGGGCACCAUGGGGAUAUGCUCCUCCUUCGCCCCCACUUUCACCGUUUAUUGCCUCUUCCGCUUCCUCACGGGCAUGGCCUUCUCCGGCAUCCUCCUCAACAGCGUCUCCCUCUCUUUGGAGUGGAUGCCCACUCGCACCCGGGCACUCGUGGGGACCUUCAUGGGUUACUGGUACACCAUCGGGCAGUUCCUGCUGGCUGGGGUCGCCUACGCCAUCCCUGAUUGGCGCUGGCUGCAGUUCACCGUGUCGCUGCCCUUCUUGUGCUUCUUCCUCUACUCAUGGUGGUUAACAGAGUCAGCUCGCUGGCUGGUCAUGGUGGGGAAGUCCCACCAGGCCCUGAAGGAGCUCCAGAAAGUGGCCAGGAUAAAUGGGAAGAAAGAGGAAGGGGAGAAGCUCGACAUAGAAGUCCUGAGGUCCUACAUGCAGAAGGAAAUGGCUUCAUCAAGGAGUCACCACACGGUGGUUGACCUGGUCCGGACGCCCGUCGUGCGCCGCAUCUCUUGUUGCCUCUGCUUCGUGUGGUUCUCCACCAGCUUUGCCUACUAUGGGCUGGCCAUGGACCUGCAAAAUUUUGACUUCAACAUCUACGUGAUCCAGCUCGUCUUUGGGGCCGUGGACAUCCCAGCCAAGCUGGUCUCCAUCCUCACCAUCACCUUUGUGGGGCGACGCUUCACCCAGUCCUUGGCCCUCAUCCUGGCUGGCUUGGCCAUCUUGGCCAACGUCUUGGUGCCACGAGACCUGCGGACACUUCGGACUGCCCUGGCCGUCUUCGGGAAGGGUUGCUUAGCCGCGUCCUUCAACUGCGUCUUCCUCUACACGGGUGAGCUCUACCCCACCGUUAUUCGGCAGACGGGCAUGGGGUUGGCCAACACCAUGGCCCGUCUGGGCAGCAUCACGGCCCCCUUGGUGAAGAUGGCGGGUGAGGUCUUCCCCACGUUGCCCUUCAUCAUCUACGGGGCAGCCCCCGUGGUGUCGGGGCUGGUGGCCAUCUUCCUGCCGGAGACACGGGACAGGGCUCUGCCUGAGACCGUGGAGGAGGUGGAGGGCAGGACCAAGCCCCAGAAGGACGAAGCCCAACAUCUCCAGGUCCCACUUCAGCCCACCCAGCCCAGCAGCACCACGGGGCCCUGCUAGUGCCAACCACCCCGGGGGACCCCCAAACCACA